UGCCCCCUCAUAAAAACCUUAUAUUACGUAAACUUUAUAUAUUCUAUGCUUUUUCACUUUUUCAAUACAUUCUGUUCAAAAAACUCGACUGGUACGUCCUUAAGCUUUCUGCCUUAUCUAUACAGCUCUAUAUACACUUGCUACUCAAGGUACCACUAGCCCUAAUCUCCACACACACUUCAUUCGAACGUUUUGCGGUUUAUUUCAUCGAAGACUCUUGAAAUGGCCGACCCAUUUGAGUUCGUCGUCACUAGGAAAAGCUCUGAACUCGUCCCUCCCGUGUCCGAAACUCCAAAGGGUUUCUACUAUCUUUCAAAUCUCGAUCAAAACAUCGCCAUCAUCGUGAAAACAUUAUAUUAUUACAAAUCGGGGUCAAGAACCAACCAAGAAUCAUACAAUGUGAUCAAGAAAUCUCUGUCAGAGGUUCUUGUUCAUUACUACCCUGUGGCCGGAAGGCUAACGAUCAGUCCGGAAGGGAAGAUCGCCGUGAAUUGCACUGGAGAAGGAGUAGUGGUUGUGGAAGCUGAGGCCAACUGUGGCAUAGAGACGAUCAAAGAGGCCAUCUCUGAGAAUAGAAUGGAGAUGCUCGAGAAACUUGUUUACGACGUUCCCGAUGCCCGGAAUAUUCUUGAGAUUCCGCCCGUUGUAGCUCAGGUAACAAAUUUAAAAUGUGGCGGUUUUGUCCUAGGACUAGGCAUGAGCCACAACAUGUUCGAUGGAGUUGCCGCUAUGGAAUUCCUCAACUCGUGGUGCGAGACGGCCAAGGGCCUCCCUUUAUCCCUCCCGCCGUUUUUGGACCGUACUAUUCUCCGGCCACGAAACCCGCCUAAAAUCGAGUUCCCCCAUAACGAGUUCGACGAAAUCGAAGACAUCUCCGAGACUGGAAAGCUCUACGACGAAGAAAAGCUAGUCUACAAAUCUUUCCUCUUCAAACCCGAAAUGCUAGAUAAGCUCAAGACCAAGGCAACGGAAGAUGAUAGCAAUAAUAAGGUAUCAACAUUCCAAGCCUUAACCGGGUUUCUUUGGAAAUCAAGAUGCGAGGCUCUACGGUUUAAACCGGACCAACGGGUUAAGCUUCUGUUUGCGGCUGAUGGACGGUCGAGAUUCGUCCCGCCUCUCCCGGUAGGAUAUUGCGGCAACGGGAUAGUGUUAACCGGUUUGGUGACGUCAUCGGGAGAUUUGGUUGCGAACCCUCUUUCUCAUUCUGUAGGUUUGGUCAAGAGACUGGUCGAGUCGGUUACGGACGGUUUCAUGAGGUCAGCUAUGGAUUACUUCGAGGUGAACCGGACCAGGCCGAGUUUGAACGCUACGCUAUUGAUCACGUCUUGGUCAAAAUUGACAUUCCAUAAACUGGAUUUCGGUUGGGGAGAACCGGUUUUAUCUGGACCGUUUGGUUUACCUGGGAGGGAAGUGAUUUUGUUCUUACCAAGUGGUAACGAUAUGAAGAGUAUCAACGUGUUUCUUGGCCUUCCUGCUUCUGCUAUGCAAGUCUUUGAAGAGCUUAUGAAGAUCUAAAAAUCACAACCAUUUAUAUUACACUCUAUUUCAUAAUCAUAUUAUGUGUUUCUUCUAUACGAUUUAUAAACAAAAAAAAAUAUGAUGAUAAAAAAUCAUUAUUUAUUCAUGUAAGUUUGAUUUCUCGUUUGUAUCGAUUACAAAAUAUUUAUGUACU